AAGAAAUCCGCUGAGUUCGAGCAGCCAGGCCUCGAGCUGGGAGAGCUGCAGUCGGAGCCUACCUUCUCGCCCGAAGCAGAGAAGAGACUUGUACGAAAGGUCGACCUGAUGCUGCUACCUCUUAUGCUCUUCGCCUACAUGAUGGCAUUCCUCGACAAGCAGGCCUUGAACUAUACCUCGCUCAUGGGAAUCAGAGAGGAUCUGCACCUAGUGGGAUCGCAGUACAGCUGGUCGUCCAGUAUAUUCUACCUAGGAUACCUGUUCUUCAGUCCGAUUGCGUCUAUGCUACUGGUCAAGUUCUCACUUGGGAAAUACCUCGCUAUGAAUUUCAUCAUCUGGUCCGUUAUCCUUGCGUGCCACGCCGCAACAACGAACUUCACCGGGAUUAUGAUCGUUCGCUUUUUCCUGGGUUGUACCGAAGCUAGUAUAUCCCCUGGCUUCAGUCUGAUAACCUCUCUUUGGUAUCGCGCCUCAGAGCAGCCCCUGCGCCACGGGAUCUGGUUCUGUGGAAACUCGAUCUCGCUGAUUUUUGGCAACCUGAUUGCCGUUGGAAUCUGGAAGAUAGAGGGUGGUCUCACACCGUGGAAGUGGCUGUUCAUAAUCUUCGGCCUUGUUACCUUCCUCUGGGGAGUCCUGAUGCUCUUCCGGCUCCCAGACUCGCCAACAAACGCCUCCUUCCUAACUGACGAAGAACGGGAAAUUGCGCUCGCUCGACUGCGAUCAAAUAAGGCUGGCUAUAAGACAAACAAGAUUGAUCGGCGACAGAUCGUCGAAGCGUUCAUCGACCCGAAGACGUACAUGCUCGCUUUAUAUAUUUUGGCAGCCAACAUUCCAAACGGGGGGUUCACCACGUUCUCCGGUCUCAUCUUAAAGGGAUUUGGGUAUAGCACGUUCCACACCCUACUCCUCGGCAUCCCCCCUGGUGUAGUUCUCUUCAUACUCGUGCUUGGAUCAUCCAUCGUAGCAUCCAAAGUCCGCAACAGCCGCCUCCUAGCUUGCGUCUUCACCGUUAUUCUCAGUAUCAUCGGCACCGCCCUGGUCUACGGAACAACUGCAAUCGCAUCCCGCUACGUCGGCAUCAUCCUAAUGGGAAUGUACUCCGCCGCCAUGCCGGUGACAAUGGCAAUGAUAACAUCGAACAUUGGCGGGUUCACGAAACGCUCGACCGUCAACGCGAUCUAUUUCGUCAUGUACUGCGCGGGCAAUGUCAUCGGCCCGCAGCUUUUCUUUGAGAGUGAGGCGCCGCGGUAUCAGAGCGGUCUGCAAUCUAUUUUGGUUUGCCUGGCGGUUGUUGUGGUUGAUUGUAUCGGACUAUUUAUUUACCUGCGAGUGGAGAAUAUGAAGAGGGAUAGGGCUGCUCGAGCUAGACCUCAUCAGCAUACAAUGGACGAGGGGCUGGUAGAUGUGACGGAUUUGAAGAACCCCGCCUUUCGAUAUGUUUACUAACUGCCUAUUUAUUUUCCUUCUUUUAAUUUUGUGGUUGGAUUCGGGUUGGCCAAGUCAUUGUGUAGCACCAGAAUCAAUGUAAUAAAUUCAAUCUAACAUAGGCUUCUCGAGGCCAGACCCAGACCAGUGGGUAGUAGAGUUGGAGGAAAGCAAAAGAAGCAAUGACCCAAGUAGGGAACUGUGCUCGGAUGUCGACAAGCACAGCAGAACUGAUCAAGGAGCAGUGGCUGGUUCGGCAUACUGAAGGUUUGCGGGGAUACUACUAAAAGCGAACAAUGCAUUUCCUUUGGAAGUCAGAAUGAUGAUAUCGUUAGAGAGGAUGUGAAGAGGUUUGAAC